GCGAUCUGUCCUCUGCAGUGUGUUUAAGGAUGCGGACGGUUUGACGGAGAAGGUGAGGACUCAGCUGCUGCCGCCCCGGGACAGACCCACGGGACAGAGGAGGAGUCAGAGGGAGGAGGAGGAGGAGCAGAGACGAAGACGAGAGGACAGCGACCCUCUACGUAUCCCCAACAGACAGCCUCGUCAGGGACCGCCCCCCCACUGGCGUGACCCCGUGGUUCCUCCGUUCGCAGCAGGAGGAGCAGAUCUGGAUCCUUUCGGAACCCGCGGUGGCGGUGGGAUGAUCGUGGACCCCUUGAGGUCCGGGCCUCCUCGCUCUGGGUUCGAUCCCUCUAGUGGGAUCCCAGACAUCCUGCCUCCUGGAGCGGUUCCUCCGGGGGCUCGCUUUGACCCGUUUGGACCCCCGGGACCCAGAUUCAGACCCAGGCCGGAUCCGGACCACAUGCCCCCCCCUGGCUAUGACGACAUGUUCAUGUAGUACUUCCUGCUUUUCCACUCGCAACAACAACUUCCUGUCCUCCAGCCAAUCGGAGCCAGGAGGAGGUCCUCCUCUUCACCUGGGUUAGAAUAAAGAAAAUGUUUUCCUCUUUAUUUUCUCCUGUUCUCUUCUUGUUCACAACUAAUAAACUGGUGUAUAUAACUCAUGUAGAAGUACUCUUCCAGAUAAUCCAGAUUCAUACUCUCAUGAGUGUUCCUUGACAGGGCUGUAGUUUUAUGCCUGUAGAUUUUGAUGAGUCUCGUUCGUCUCCUUCAUCCUCGGAGUGUUGAGCGGUGGGUUUUGGCUGUAAUGUUGCCUGGAGAGCGUACGGCAGCGGCGUUGCAGAGUCCAGAUCAGGAUCCACUCGACCAUGUCCCUCAGAUAAAAAACAAAAAAGUUCAGCGGUGUAUUUUCCUUUUGUAUCAGUUGUAUAUGUCUUAUUCAAAUACACCUGUUUCUUUCUUUACCUCUUGGAUAUUAAUUACUUCAUGUGUCUCUGCUUUGCCUUGUCCUCUCUGCUCCAGACACCGUUUGAGUUUAUCUGAUUUUUGUCGUAGGCUAAAGUUGCCUUUUUCAGGGAACCCCAAUUUUAUCCGUUCUUCCAAUUGUUUGGCCGUCUGAUUAUCUUUGUCCCACAUGUAUUUUAUUAUCGGAGGUAAGACCGUGGCAUCAUUCAUCAUUCAUAUCUUUCUCCCAAAUUUCUCUGUCAGAUGGAGACUGAAUAAACCUUUGUUUACCCAUUCGUUGGGAUGUUGGCAGCUCACUCUCCCAUAUUUUCCUUUCAUGAACAUGACAUUUGGUCCAUCGCCCCCAUAUUCCACUAAACCUCUCUCUCUUAUAUGGGGCUAACACGUUUCUUUCUCUUUCUUUCUCUUUAAACAGUCGUCACCAUGAGUUUCUAGAUUUGUUUCUGGCACAAUCUGAAUAAAAGCCGUUGCUCUAGACUCCCAGUCUAAGCCUUCCACUAGACAACCUUUAUCCUUACGGACUCGUAGUCUUUAAGGUCAAGGGACUCCAGCGCUUAAAGUCUAACCCAAAGAUCUUCAACCUCGAAGGCAGACACCAAACGCUCACCCCUGUUUUCCAGCUUAGGUCAAAGGACUACAAUGCUUAGCGUACCUCCCUCUAAGGUCUGCAACACUAAACACUCAUCCUUGUAUUCCAGUCCUCCAAGACAACAUUUAUCCUUACGGACUCGUAGUCUCUUAGGUCCAAGGACUUCAGUGUUUAACGUCUACCCCCAAGAUAUUAAACCUUUAGUGUAUUCAACGUGACUGUCAAACACUCACCCUUAUUUUCCAGUAACCCAAUCGCUUCUGCUCAGAAAAACGGCAGGAUACGAGUUUAACCAACAUC